AUGAGAUCGUACGAAAGGAAAAAGAAAAAAAAGACCGCAAAAACAAGUUCACAUGGUAGAAAUAAGUGGACUAGUAAUAAAAGCAAAUAUAGUUAUAAAAAGAAAAAAAAAAAUUUGGUUAAUUCAAAUUAUAAUUUACUCAACUAUCUUCAAAGGGAACACAUAAAUGAAAACAUAAAAAAUUUAGGUGAAUAUUUGAGCCAUUCAGAUGUAAAUAUAUGUGAAAAGAACAUAAAUAAAGCGGACAAAAGUAAAAAUAUACCAUGUGUUACUUCAAAAGAUAUAAAUAUUGUUAAUGGAAAUAUUAAUAAAGAGAAAAAGAUAAAAAUAAAACAAAAAAAAAAAAGAAGAAGAACAAACAAAGAAAGUGUUUGUAUUCCUAAUGUUAAGGAAGAAAAAGAUGUGCCCAUUUUGUAUUCUAACAAGGAAAUAAUAUUAUAUAAAAAAAAUGAAAGUGAUAUUAUUAAUAGAGCCAAUAUUACUAGAAAAAAUAUUGAUAAUGAUAAUGUUGAUAAGAACAAUGUUGAUAAAUAUAAUAUGAAUCACAAAGAAAAAAAAAGAAAUUGUUGUUCUAACACAAAUAAAAACAACAUUUCAAUUGCAAAUAAAAUUAGAAACAAUAAAUGGAUAAAUAAAAGGAACAUUUUUGAACAAAAACAUAAAAAAAUAUACCAUAACAUGUUUAAAUCAGAAGAUAUAAGUAAUCAAAAUUAUAAACCACAAAAUUUUAAAAACGUUAUAAUUCAACAUGAACAUUCCAGUGAAUGCUCCAAGAGAUCACAUGAAAAAAAAAAAAAAAAAUUAUAUUAUAGUAGUACUUUACAUACUAAUUUUGGAAGAAUAAAGAAAAAUAAUACAUUAUUCCAGGAAUAUGAAGAAAAACAAAAUGAAAUUAUAAAUAAAAAAUAUUAUAUGUUCCAUAGUACAGAUAUAGCUAAUAAUAAUGCAAAUUUAUACGAUAACCAAAUUAAUAAUAAUUAUGAAGAGGAAGAAAAAAAUGAAAAAACAAUCUCAAAUGAUUUCUUAGAUAACAUAUUACCUGUAGACAAAAUAAUACAAUAUGUAGAUGAUAUAUCAAUAGAAGCCCUUGUAUAUAUAUUAAACACAUUAGACAUAACUAAUUCGACAUCUUUAAUAGAAAGAUUACCACAUAGAUAUUAUAAAGAAUAUCUGAUGUUCACAAAUAAUAUUAAACGAAUUAUAGAACUUAUGGAAAAUAUAAGUAAUGAAAAAUUGGGAAGCUUUUUUAUUACAUAUAAAGAAGAAAAAGAUAUAUGUAAAUAUAUAAAUAUAUUAUCAUUAGAAAAGUUAAAUACUAUUUUAAAUUGUUUUCAUAUUGAUAAUUAUAAAGAGUUUAUAUUACUAUUUGAUGAAUAUAAACUUUUGGAAAUAUUAAACACACUUUCCAUAAGUACUUGUUUACAUAUUUUAUUAAAUAUAUCUCAAAAGAAAUUAAGAUACAUAUUUGAUAAUAUAAAUGAAGAAAAAUUAAUUAUGUUAAUAAAUGAAGUACCUUUAUGUAAAUUUUAUUAUAUUAAUGAAUGUAUACCAAUUCCAAAAAUAGGUUCUUUAUCUAAUAAUAUAUGUUAUGAAAAAUUAUAUCAUCUUCAUAAUUCUCUAUCUAAUAAUAAAAAUAUACAUCAUAUAACCUGUAAUUUAUCUAUACAUAUUAUUAUUCAACUUAUAAUUGAUUUACCUAUAUAUAAAGCUAUACAAAUAUUGAAGACGAUAUCAUUAGAAAAAAUAGCACAAUGUAUUAUGUUUAACAAAAAUUGUUUUAAUAUAUAUGACAUAUUAUAUAAAGCAUUUCAUAUAGAUAAAAUUGUACAAAUAAUAAUUCAUUUGGAUAAUGAUGUUAAUAAUAUUAAUAUUUUAUUAAAUUUAGCUAACUACACUGAUAUAAUACAUUAUAUUAAUUAUAUAUCUUUUAAUAAAUUUAAAUCAUUUAUAGACAAAUUACCUAUACCUUUUCUCAAAAAAAUUAUAAAUGAUAUAUCUCUAAAAAAAAUCAUACAAUUUUUUAUGAACAAUAAAAACGAAAAAAAAGUUAUAAUAUGUUUUUAUCAACUAACAAUUAAAAAUCUUAAUUCGGUUGUGCAAUUAUUACCAGUAAAAAACGUAGCACGUUUGGUUAUACCUUCUCAUAUGGAUCUUCAUUCGAAAGAAACAAAAAAAAUUAUGAACCGUUUAGAUGCAAAAAAUAUGGUCCAUUUCUUAAAUAAUUUAAAUGAUAAUGAAUAUAAAUAUAUUUGUAAUUAUAUACCUCUUGAAAAAAUUCAUAAUUUACUUAAUAAUAGUACAUUUGCAAAUUAUGAAAAGUGUUACAUUGUGAUUUUAUAUCUGCCCAUGCGAAAAUUAAUAGAUACAUUUCACACAUUAAAUGAAGAAAAGAAAUUUGGUAUAUUAGAACGCAUACCCUCUUAUAUUAAAGAUACUAUAAUAUGUAAUAUAUAUGAUACUACCCAAAAAUUUAUAUACCUAAUGAACCCAAUACAACAAAUAUUUAUUUCAUGUAUGUUAUUUAAGCUCAAUAGGAUUUUUGGUAAUCACUACAAAAAAAAAAAUAUAAAUAACGAAAAAAAAAAAGAUAAUAAGAAAAAUACGAAGAAAUAUAUUACUUUAUAUUCAAUAAGAAACAAAUUUUAUGAUAUUAUAAAAAACAUAAAUAUUAAAAAGUAUCAUAUAUUUUUAAAUCAAGUAUCUUGUAACAAAAUUAUAGAAACACAAAAUAUUAUACAUAAUAAAAGGAAUAAAAAAAAAUAUGAACAUGAACAAAUAGUACAAGAUCUUUUUUUUUAUUUUAAUAUUUAUCAGUAUGUAAAGAAAAAAAAGAAAGAAAAAGUUUUACAUGUAAAAAGAAAUAUACCAUUAAUUGUUCAAAAUCAUGAUAAGGUAAGGCCAAAAAUAUUGAAUAAUAUAAAUUCUGCAAUAACAUGUAUAUCAGAUCCUAUGUUAUCAAAUGAUACUUCUUAUAAGAAUAGUUAUUUAUAUAAUAAAUCUUAUAUCACGAAAAAAAAAAAUUCAAAUGACCUACUAAAUAAUAUUAAAAGUAAUAAUAAUAAUAAUAAUAAUAAUAUAUAUGAAGACGGAAUAGCACCUAACAACAAUGAAAACCAUUAUAUUGAUCUUUCUAAGAGAGAGAAAAUUCUUCCUAUUAAAACAUAUAACAUAAAAAAUAAGACUUCUACUAAUAUAUAUUACAAUCAAAACAUCUCGUUAAAUAAUAUUUGCCAUGGGAAAAAUAUAAAUAAGGAUAUGACAAAACAUGUCAAAAUACAUAAGAAAGAAAAUUCAUAUCUUCCUAAAAGUAGACACAGUUUAUAUAUUUUUUUAAUACACCUUAUCAUUGUUAUAAAAAAACAUAUACAAGACGAAAAUGACAGAAAAAUUAAUUUAAAAACAUCAUAUGAUAUAAAUUAUACUCCAAAUGAUGAUAAUAAUAAUAAUUAUUAUUACAACAAUAAUCAUAAUAACAAUCAUAGUAACCUAUUGUCGAAUACAUCGUCAACUUACCAAAAUGAUUACAAUAAAUUUAUUUUUUAUCAUGUGAGAAAAAUAAUGAAGAAUAUAUUUUUUAGCGUAAGAAAAAUUCUACAAAUGAAAAAUCGUUCAAAUAUUAUAAAAAAUAUAUCAAUAUUUCAUAUUAUGAAUGCUGAUUUAUUACCAUAUAUGAUAAACGAAAAUUAUAAUAAUAUAUUUUACGAUAUAUCAAAUAAUAUAAAACAUACUGAAAAAAUAAAUCAUAAUCCCAAUAUAUCUGAUAACAGAAACCAUUUACAAGAAUACAAAAUUUUUAAUAUGAUUGAAGAUUCAACCGAAUUUUUUGAUACUAAUAAUAAUUGUGUAGUUAUAGAAAACAAACAUACAAAUAUAAUGGAUACUUCAAAAGAGAAUGAAAAUAUAUUUAGUCUAAAAGAUGAUAUACCUAUAAUAGAAGAUACGAACAAUGAUAUAGAAUUAGAAAAUGAACAAAUAGUAAACGACAUAUGUGUACAAAAAAAAAACAAAAAUAGUAAUCCUCUUUAUUAUGUUUCCCUUUUAUUUAAUAAGCCUAAUUCACUUCCAUAUCUAAUUAAAAAUAAUAUCGUAAGAAUUGAGAAAAAUGAUAAAAAGUACAAAAACUUUUUUUUUUUCAAAACAGCUAAUAUAUGUGAUACUAUAAAAAAUGAGGAAUGUGAAUCAAAUACCCAAGGAGAUAAUAUUAAAGAUUAUAUAUUAACAACUAGUAAUAUAUUCAAAAAAAAUCGGAAAAAUAUAUUAAAUAUUUAUAAUAAGGAUACAAAAAUUGACAAUGAUAUUGAUAAGGAAGAAAGUGAACAAAUAAAUAGUAAUAAUAUAAAUAAUUUAUAUUGUAAUACAAAUGUUGAGUCACAUAAUAAUAAUAAUAAUUACAGAAACAAUAAUAAUAGGAAGAAGAAGGACAUACAAAAAAGUAAAUUCAACGAUUUAAGAUAUAAAUGGAAAUUAUCACAUAUUUCAGCAAAAUAUAAAAACAAAAUAUAUAAAAUAAAUAAUAAUAUUAAUGGAGAGAAAAAAAAUGUGUAUUGUCUUAAAUUCAUAUUUGUAUUAAAUAAUGUUUGUGAUUUGGAUAAAAGGAAUAAUGAUAACAUUAAUUUAACCCUUAAUUUUUUUAUUACAAAAAAAAAAAAAAGACUCCUUAAUAUAUAUAAACAGAAAAUUUUAGAUUCUUCCUUAGAUAUCCAAAUAAACAAUGAAAAAUAUAAAAACAAAAUAAUAAACUUUAGUACUAAUAUUAGUGAUACCACAUGUUAUAUAAAUUCAAAUAUUGUCAAUAUAAAAUUUGAUAAAGAACAAAAAAAUAAAUUGGAAUAUUUAUAUUCAUUAAUAAAUGAGGAGGAUCCAUCGAAUAAAAACCUUUUUAACAAAACAAAAUGUGAUACAUAUAUAAAUGACGAUGGUAAUAUGAAUGUGGAUAAUGUUCCUUAUCAUCAUAAACGUGAUGACUAUAUAAAUAAUGAUAAAUAUAAUUAUAAUUACAAUUACAAUUACAAUUACAAUUAUGAUGAAAAAGUAUCAUUUAAUCAAUUAAAAAAUAAUACUGUUGAUCAUAAUGAAAAUAAAAAUAACAACAUGUUAUCAGAAAAAUCCAUAUCUAAUCUUUUGAAUAAAAAUAUUAUUCUAUUUUGGAGUUGUAAAAAUAUAGGAUAUAUCUUUUUAAAUACAGAGAAUUCUCUUCAUAUAAAUAUUCAAGAUAUUUCACAUAAUUUAUACAUACAAAUAGACAAGUAUAAUUAUAACACACAUAAGAAUUAUUUUAAUAAUAAUAAUAAUAAUUAUUACAAAAAAGGUACAUAUAUAUUUUUAAACAGAUUUGUAAAAGAAAAGAUACAUUUUAGAAAAUUAAAAGAAGCCUUUUCAAAGAUAAUUGAAAAUAAAAAACAGAAAAAGAAAGGGGUAUGUAAAUCUUUAUUGGAAGAAAAUAAUAAUGAGAACUUUCAUAAAUGUAAAGACGGUGAAAAAAAAAUAAAAUAUAAAAAUGUAAUUAAUGUAACAAAUAAAAAUGGUUCUGUUGAAGAUAAUAAUUCUUUAAAUAAAUAUGAAAAUAGUACAAAUACAGAUAUAUUAAAAUUCAUACAUAUAAACAUGGAAAAGAAUUAUAAAUCGGAACAAAAUAAUGCUGAAGAUAAUAUGAAUGAAGAUAUUAUUUAUUUUGGUGAUGAUAAGUAUGAAUUUUUUAAUGAUACCAAUAUAUUAGAAAAGAAAAAUAUAAAUCAGAAAAAUAAUGAAAUAUCUAUAAUAGAUAAACAAAUAUAUCAUGAUAUAGGUAUAGAUAUAGAUAAAGAUAAAGAUAACUAUUUAAUUCAAUAUGAUCAGAAUAUAAAAAGAAAAAAUAGUUUAAUAUUUAUGAAUAAUACAAAUGAUACAUGUUCGAAUAAUAUGUUUUAUGAACAAUCUAAAAGGGAUGAUCCUAUUAAUGAAUCUUAUUAUAAACAUCAUAAUAGUAUAGUUGUUAAUUAUUUUAAUAAUGUAAUUAGAGAAUCUAAUAAAAUAUUGUCAGAAAAAAGAAAUAACAUUAAUAAACAAAUAAGAGAAGAAAUAAUAAAUUUAAAUGAAAAAUCUAUACAUUCAUUGGAUUCAAAUGAAAAAGAAAAAGUACAUCAAAUUAUUAGUAAUGAAUAUAAUAAUAUUAUGGAACAUGAGUUAAGAAAAAUUCGUAAUCCUUAUUUAUGUGAUAUGUAUCAAUUUCUUAAAUACAGUUAUACAAAAGAGGAAUUUAAUAUUAUAUUAUAUUUAAAAAAAAGAAACAAAAAAUUAAAUAAAAUCAAAGAUAUGUCGAAUAUAAAAAUGAAUGUUUCAAAAAAAAUUAUGAAUAAUGGUAAUAAUAUUAUUGAUGUACAAAGGAAUGGAAAAUUUGUCCCUCAUAUUUUUAAUGAUAAUCAUAUCUUCAAAUUAAAAUUAGUCACCCUUGUAGAUAAUGAAUUAUGCGAUUAUAAAUUAUAUAACAACAAAAUUAAUAAUAAUAAUAAUAAUAAUAAUAAGGAAACUUUAUGGUUUGAGGAAAAUUUAAGAAAGAUCAAUUUAAGUUUUCAUUCUUCUCACAUUUUUGCUAGUAAUCCUUUUAUUGUUUCAAGGGAACAUUUUUUAUCAGAUCAGAAAACCCAAAAUAAUAGUACAGCACAAAUAAUACAAGAUAAUAAUAAUAAUAAUAAUAAUAAUGGGGAUAGAAAAAAGGAAAAUAACAUAUAUAAUGAAAAUGAAGAAUGUAUAAUUAACAAUAAUAUAUUUGUCAAAGGAAUUAAUAAAAAUACUUCAUUCUAUAAUGAGAAAUAUACUACACAAACAGAAAAUAAUAAAGAUUAUAAAAAUGAAAUGUUGUCCUUAAGCAACAUAAGUUAUAAUGAAAUAAUGAUACAAAAAUGUAUUGAAAAAGACGAGGUAUUUAAAAACUGUAGCAAUUUAGAAAAGGCGAAAAAUUUACAAAAUGAAGAAAGAUGCCUAAGUAUAAAAGAAAAAUAUAUAGCAAACAAUAAUAAUAAUAAUAAUAAUAAUAUUUAUGAUAUUUUAGAUAAUAACCUUUUCAAAGGAUUAUUUAUAAAGGAUGAUAUAAAAAUGAGUAAGCCAACCAUACAAGACAUUUUGACAAGUUCUGACACAAAUACCUUAUACAAGAAUAAAGCAUUUUCUAAUCAUAAAGAAGAGAUACAAUCUCUAAAUACAGAAAAAAUAAUAAAUAAAAUAUAUAUACCAAAAUAUUCUUCUGAUGUUGUUAGAAAAGUGUCCAAUAAUUUUUCAUGUAUUAAUCAAUCAACUAAUAUGCCAAAUAUAUUUUCCAAUAGUACUGGAAAUAUGAAGAGGAUUAAAGAAAAGAAUAAAAUUAUGAACAAUUCAAAUAGUAUAUUAUCAGAUGUAUCAGAUAUUUUCAUUAAUUAUAAUGAUAGUAAUAAAGAGGUAGAAAAAAAUAUGAAUAGUGCCUAUUUUAAUAAAUUAAUUAUUCCUAUUCCUGGUGAUCAUGUGAAUAUAAAUUUUAUUGAGAAAAAAGAAAUACAUUUGGAUGAUAAUUAUAUAAAUAUUAAUUCACAUGAAGAAAAUAAUAUAAAUACAUCCCAUAUUAUUAAGAAGUCACAUGUAGUAAGCAAUUUAAAUUAUAAAAAUAUAUCAGAAAAUUCUCUUAAAAAUAUAUCAGAUAAUUCUCUUAAAAAUAAAUUAUGUUUUGAAUUUUCCAGAACAAAUCAUCACCAUAAUAAUAAUUAUAAUAAUAAUAAUAAUAAUAAUAAUGUAGAUGAUUAUACAAAUAAUUCAAAUAAUAAUAUAUAUAUUUAUGAUACACACAAAAAUAUAAACGGAAUAAUGUAUAAUCUCGGAUUUCUAAAUCUACAUUGUUUAUUAGAAAAUAAAAAUAAACACUUCUAUUUAAUUACCCAAGGAUAUAUUAAAGCUAGUAAUUAUAUUAAAGAUCAAAUGCUUAUUCAUACAAAAAUAUAUAAUGAAAUAUUUCACACAAAAUAUAUUGACGCAAAGAAAAAUACAAGCAUCAUUUCUUCUUCCUUUGAUAGUGUUACUAAGCAAAAUGAUAAAUUAUAUUGUUUACAUAAAAAAAAAAGAAUGUUCUGUAAUAUUUGUAGAUAUAUAUUAAAACAAAAUUUUUUAAAUGAUUUCUUUUUCUUUAAAAUAUUUAUUGUUACUAAAAGGGCUAUUUUUUCAAAUCAUUCUACAAUCAAUAUAAUUUAUCAAAGUCCAUUGAUAAAAGCGGUUUUUCAUGAAAAGGAUAAUAUCAAAUAUAAAUUAGAACAAACGAAUAAUAAUCAAUAUAUAUUAAAAAUAAUAGCAAUAAAAAAAAAGAAAAUACAUAAAACAUUCUCUCUAUCGAAAAAUAAACAUUUUAGGAAAUGUCUAGAAAUUGAAUUGAUUAAUACUGAAAAAAAAAAUAUACAAAAUGAGAUGUAUGAAAGAAAGGAAAAUAUACUAGAUAAAAAAAUUUAUGGAAAACAAGUAUUUCAUAAAAAAUCAUUUGAUAAUCUGUACAACACUACAAAAGAUUCAUUAAUCAUUAAUAAUGAAAAGUAUAAAUCUGAAGUAAAAAAGAAAAAAUAUUCUUCUUACGAAAAUAUUAAAAAUUAUUCUCAAAGCUUAUCAAAUACAAGUUAUAGUAACCAUUUAUCUACCAGUAUUUGUAAGGCAAAUAAAGCAAUACUUAAUUUUAGUAUUCUCGAUGACAAGAAUAAGAAAAAAUAUGAUGUAGAAAAAUUUAUAGUACCUUCAAUAUAUUUUUGCACUAACGGAUGA